AUGGAACACCAUCGUCAAAUAGAUCCGUUUGCAGCACGUAUGGCAUUUCUGGCCCUGCUAAAGAAGCUAAAUGCCUCACAACUCUCAAUACAGAAAGCUGUAAAGUUUGCAUUAAGACAUAGACAUCGAUAUGAAGACCUGUUUGCAUGUAUUAUGGAGGUUUUGAUGGAGUUGUCGGUGUACUCUCGCCUCAAUAUCUUAUAUCUUUUAGACUCUCUCUGUGAGAAUGCCUUUCAGAUGAAUAUGCAAGAGUAUAAAGAGCUUAUAGAGAAGAAUUUGGUGAAUAUAAUACAAAUGAUCGCCCCAGAGAAUAGUCAAGGCGAAAUGAAUUCUCACAGCGCGUAUAAGGUAUUAACGAGUUGGAAAAGCAAAGAAAUUCUUGCUUUGCAGCCUAUAGAAGGCUCUUUACUCUGGUUGAAGAAUCGCCAAAUAGCAGACGAGGAAGAAGAAUUGGAGGAAUUGAGUCGUACUGACAUGUUAAGACGGAUAGAAGAUGAUAGGGAGAGGAGUAAGCGCCAUAGGGAGGACAUGUGGGUGAGAAUUGGCACUGAUCAGGUUGAAAAAGAAUUCGAUGAGAUGUGGGAGACGUGUUCGAGUCUGGAUGAUAAGGAUUAUUUGGUAAUGAUCACGGAGAAUGUGAAAUAUAUGCCGAACUACCCCUGGACUGAAGAGCUAGUAGAAAUAAAGGCUUGGGAAGAAAAGCAAAAGUUAGGGGUUGAUGUAAUCAGAAAACUGUGCCUUUGUAUUACUAUUACGCCUCCUUUUGAUGACGUCACAAUAUCAACAAUAUCAUCAUCCUUCGAACAUGCUGGCGUAGUAACUUUCCCCUCUAACUUUUAUCCCUCUCAGAAGAAAGCUUCCGAAGAUACAUCGAUAUCCUAUCGAAGCAUAGCUCGUGAACUAACUACAUUUGAAUUUUGUGCUGAUAGACUCAUACAGAACUCUGCAAUGACACAGGAAGUACCCACAUUCAAACUUGUACUUGUUGGUGAUGGUGGCACUGGUAAGACUACUUUCGUUAAACGUCACUUAACGGGAGAGUUUGAGAAGAAGUAUAUUGCUACUCUCGGUGUCGAAGUCCACCCUUUAACCUUCCACACAAAUUUCGGACCCAUCUGCUUCAACACAUGGGACACCGCUGGCCAGGAGAAGUUUGGUGGUCUUAGAGACGGUUACUAUAUCCAAGGACAAUGUGCAGUUAUCAUGUUUGAUGUGACAUCACGAAUCACGUAUAAGAAUGUGCCCAAUUGGCAUCGUGACUUAGUUCGUGUAUGUGAAAAUAUUCCCAUUGUCCUUUGCGGCAACAAAGUUGAUAUCAAGGAGCGUAAAGUGAAAGCGAAAACUAUCACAUUCCACAGAAAGAAAAACCUCCAAUAUUACGAUAUCUCCGCCAAGAGUAAUUACAAUUUUGAGAAACCAUUUUUAUGGUUAGCCCGUAAAUUGAUUGGUAAUCCCAACCUGGAAUUUGUUGCGUCUCCCGCUCUUGCCCCACCAGAAGUUGUAGUAGAUAAUAAUCUGAUGGAACAAUACAGUAAAGAAUUAGAAGUUGCGGCUGCUCAACCGCUUCCAGAGGAAGAGGACGAUAUCUAG